GGAGAUGUGGAUCACGUGACCUACUAAGAUAAGGGAACGCUGAGGUUUUACAUCUAACGGUAUAUUCACUGAACUUUUAUCAAAUGAGAGUUUUGCAAUACAUUAUCUGAGAAAGAAUUAUCAAAAUAUCCCAGGACAACUCGUAAGAUACAUUCUCGUUACAUGGAUAUCCGCGUAUCAAGCUAACUAAGUAUGAGUAUGAACAUGAUGAAUGAGGUCAGAGCUGACUCUCCGGUCCCACCUAUGGAAAAUCGUCGUAGUGAUUCGCCUGCUAUUCCUCCAACUCCGAUGAUAUGGUUUGAAUUUCUAUUGAAGCCUGGGCUAUUGGAAAGUCAUCUCAGUAGUGAGAAUCCAGAACCAUCGGCAACUCAUCUCCUUGAGCAGUUUGUAGACCAGUCCAUCAAAGAGGCAAACAAUGAAGAGUCUCCAAGUCAACUACGGAAGAUUCACUCCCUCAAGGUCAUGGCACUCAAGGUGGCGGCCCAUCUCAAGUGGGACUUCUCUUUCCUCCAAACAAGCCUUCCCUUGUACAUGGUGCAUAAGGUUCUCAAGGAUUUUGUUGAGUGGGUUUCUCCUCCAGAGCUUAACAUCCAACCAACGACAGAUGUGUGUAGCUUAGAUGACUCUGUGCUGGUCGCUUUGACUAUCUACAAUAGAUGGAGUGUAAGAACGUUUGUGGAGAGAUCAGUCCCAUCCAAGCUCAUCAAGACACCACCUGGUAAUGUUCCUGGUGCCUUCAAUGUGGCUGGUGUAAAUGAUAUGGUCAUGAAAACGGUUAAGGAUACUCUCCCCGAUUCCCUCAACUUCUUGGAGCGAUGUCUACCCCUCGAUCGAGACAUCUACUUCCCAGACACCCACACCUUCAUUGGCAUUGACUUCAUCCCAGCAUCGUCCUCCUCCUCACCCACCCCAUCAUCACCAUCAUCAUCCAAUGCUAACAGUUCUCCCAUCAAGCUACCUGCUCCACACCACCAAGGUAUCAAGGUCACCAAGGAAGAAUUCCUCUGGCAGUUGAACUAUGACCUCGGCUGCUACUGCUUUCAUCAGCAGCAGUACGGGAAGGCUGCAGAGAUGUUCCAGAGAGUACAAGAACUCUCUCCGAAGGUUGAAACCUCGUUCUACUGUUCUCCUGAAGGCUCAAAGCUUGAAGGUUAUCUUGCUGCAUGCAGUGCCCUGAUUGGUCAGAACCUAAACAGGCUACCAUCCAAUGAGCCUCUACUCUCCAGAUGUGAGGCUAGCAAAGCAAGAAACUAUCAGGACAUUGUGUCUAUCCUCCUAGAGGAUAACUUCAAGCAGGAGCUCCCUACCUGGUACAGGGAAUGCCUAGGUGACGACAUAACCAAAUCGGCCAUCACUCCUGCCAAAACCAAACAACAGGUGGGGCUGUGCAAUGCGGUACGAUGGGCAGCCGAGGGUAGGACAAACCUUGGUGACCUUCAGACGACCCUUCGACACUCUCCGCAGGAAGCAAGACAGUUCUUUGUAGAGUGUGUUGUGAAGACGUUAUCAUCGAGUACUGAACAACAGAAAUCAAAUGUCAAGUCUCUCCUGAGGUUGUUAUUCCGAGACGACAAGCUGUGUAAGGGUAUCCUAGAGAGCCCUCUUGGUAUCCUCUUCUCUGAAGAAGAGAGGCAGGAGUUCUUGAGCUGUUUCAAGUUGGAGGAUGGCAAACAAACCGGUAUGGACACUAGUCAGAUGGAUCAGCAUAGAGAUAACGUAGGACUCCAGAUGGGCCAGUUGGAGCUCAAACUUCUCCUCACACAAGACCCCAACGAGCUGGAGUCUGUUCUCAGAGCUUUGCAUAAGAUGGCUCCAAACAGGAGGUUCUCAGCUGUCUGCAGCAAGUGGCAGGUGGAUAGAGCAUAUGGCUACAUCAUUGAAGGCAUGAACAACAGACUGUCACAAGACUUCAUCUUUAUUCUACUGGUCAAAGCGCAGCAUUGCAUUGAGAAGAAGAACUAUGAUUCAGCUAUCAAUCAUCUUGAGGCUGCGUGUAAGGCUACCAAGGAUGCUUACUUCAGACUCUAUACCGGUGUGAGGAAUGAGAUCCUCUAUGUAGAUCUACUGAGGAUGGCAGAGCAGAGAGGGGCUAAGACGGCUGGACCUGACUUCAAACAGAUGGUCCUGGCUUGUCUACUCGGAACACGCAGUGACCGAGAUAUCCAGCCUAGAGAGCCGGUCUUAGAUCACUGUAUCUUGUUCCUACUCAACAGCCAGUACUGGUUAUGUUUCUUCAAUGCUGAUAUUCCAUUGCCUUUCUGGAGGAUCAGUAAGUACAUGGCCUUCUGCAUGAGAGAUGAUCCAUCUGACACCAACAAGUGUCGCCCUGUGGCCAAGGACCUCUCCCAAGCUUUGGUGUCAAUAUUCAGCACGUCAACACAGACGACGACACAGACUAAACGCAGUAAUACUGGAGCCAAUGCUGCUACCGUCACCAGAGAGACUAGUACAGCUAUCAUGACCAAGGUUGAGUUUGUGAACUUUGUGAAGUCUCUGUACGAUGAUAGAUGUCUGGGUCUGGUCCUGUCCUGUCUGGUCAAGAUUUACAACCUUCUGAAAGACGAUCCGACGAACGAGCUUUCCCAUGAAUACCCAGCACUAUGGCCAAACACUAUCACCAAUCCGGGCUCGGUGGACAUUGAUGCUGUGGGUACCACACUGCAUGAGGUCAUAGGUCAUGCUAUUUCCGUGGACCCUAUGAAACCAGCAUGGCUUUGUACACAGGCUGAUGCUUGCUAUGCUAAAAAGCAAUUUGGAUCAGCACUAAAGUUCUACCUCCAGGCUGCUAUGGUCUCCACACAGUUCUUUGAGGUCCCCAUACCCAAGACUGUAUGGACAGACCAGGUCCACAAGCGCUGCAUCAAGGCCUGUUCAGGUCUUCAGUGCCACACCCAGGCGGCCAUCUUGUGUCAGUUCCUUCAACCGGUGGACUAUGCGACUGCAUACCAAGCUCUGCAGGAGAAAAGAUGCUAUGAUGGGAGUGACAGUAUGUAUGGAUGCUUCUGGGAUCUAGCCAUACUUGAGUUCCUUGUGUUCACACACCACAAGAGGAGUGAAAUAGACAAGAAACAAGUUGCACUGGAGGUUCUGAGUCAGGCUGAGCUAAACACGUGUAACUCUGAGACGGUCUUAGCUGCAGCAGCAAGAAAACGGCAAAAGCUUUUCCUACAGUCGAUGGCCAAACAGUAUCUAUAAGGUUUCCUGACAAAUGAGAGACAGAUAUAUUAAAGUCAUAAAGACACAGCCAAACAGUAUCUAUGGACAUUCUGACUCAGUAGCAUGCAAGACACAGAAACAUUUUCUACGUCUAUGGCCAAACGGUAUCUGCGAUCACUGCCGGUUGGAAGGUUUGGAAGUAAUGCCCUACAAAGCAUGUCAACAGGAAACUGUGUUAGAACCAUACCCAAGCAAAGGAAAUUGUUUUUACUUGAAGGAAAGUAAACCAUUCUAAAUGGUUCAGUGUAUGUUGAAAACCCUUCUAUGAAAUGGAUCCAGGAUUACUUAGCAUUUGGGCUAACUUUGACUCAGUGGAAACCUUGGCUUAGUUAUCCAAGAGAGCUGAAUCGAUCGCAAAUACUUGCAGCAAGUUUUCCAUUAAGUGUUUCUUUUUGAACAUCCACAUUCCAGAUUAUUUGUUUGUGAUGUUUAAAAUUGAUUAUAAAUAGGUAAUGUUGACGAUUUCAAGAGGUGAAAUUCUACAAAUCAUUAGAUUAUGGCUUCUUUGAUGGUCCAGGGCCCUGUUUUACAAGGAUCCUAAGUCGAACUAAACUCUAAGUUGGAUUUAAAAAUUAUGGAGAGCCGUAUGUAGCCUUAAAAUAAAA